AAAGUGAAACUGUUUUUGAAGGGGAGAAGCAGUUCCCAAUAUUCGCUGUCAACUGCCAUCGAAAGUUAAAAAAUCACUCCCAAGAAGAAGAAGAAGAACUACUACUCAUAGUCAUCGCAACAGUUGAUCUGGAACGACGUCGCAUUCCUCUGUUUUCCGUGUUGGGGAAAAAGAAGAUCAUACAUAUGGGGCCUCUUUCUUUGAAUUGUUGCAGCCUCUGAAUCGGAACAAAAAUCAAAAUGGAACAAAACCCAUCUCGCCCUUCGCCGGCGAGACCCACGCGGCGGCGCAGAUUCGCCGUGGACGACGGCGCCGAUCUAAUCGACUGCUCCGGCAAGCAUUGCCGGUCGUGCACCGCCGGCUUGAUCGCCGACUGCGUCGCCGUCUGCUGCUGCCCCUGCUCUGUGGUCAGCUUCCUGGCUCUGGCUCUGGUCAAACUGCCGUGGAUGGUCGGCCGGAGGACCCUGCAGCACGCCAGGAAGAAGUGGAAGAUGAAAUCCCUCCGCCGGAGAGGGGAAGUCGACGGCGGCCCUGCGGCAAACACAGGUGGCACUCCGGCGAACAGGGAUGAAAAAAUGCCGGAAAUUUCGCCGGCGUUCGGCGGCGAACAAGCAGAGACAGGGAAUUUGAGUGCGAGAUUUGAAGCAGAGAGAAUAUGGUUGCAAUUGUAUCAGGUUGGUCAAUUGGGUUUUGGAAGAGUUUCCUUCACUGGGAAUUCAAGUCUCAAUUAGCCCAAAUUUAAGCCACUAAUUUGUAAAGUUCCAAAUUAGAUCAAUCAUUAAUUUAGUAUUAUAUUAUUGUAUCUACUUAGCCUCUCAAUUUAUCAUUGAGUUUAGAGAAAUUAAAUUAAAUUAAAAAAAAAAA